AUGGCUCCUAUCCGCUAUAGUCUCCACUAUGAAGAUUAUUCUGAACAUCUCAUGUCGAGAUUUGGUAUUCUGUUGCAAAUGCAGUCAUUAGUUGAUAUGACACUCAUGUGCAGCUCUCAUACUUUGCGUGUGCAUAAAGCUGUACUUGCAGCAAGCAGUGCUUAUUUUCAGUGUCUAGAAGAGAAUUUAGACGAACUGGUGUCAGCUGCACAGUUUUUAAAGAUUAAAGGUCUUUCAAAAGUCACUAAAGAAGGUCUGGGCAUUUCAAACAACAGUGAAAUGCCAGUCUUCACACCGCCUGUCGUGAUCAACAGACCUCCACAAUCCCUUAUUGAUUUACAUUCUCAGGAAAGCGACAGUAAAACUCAGCAACCGACCCAGCUCGCCCCAGCGACCAGCACCGGUCAACCAGUCGACAAUCUCGGCAGAAUGAAUAAGGACAUGGUAGUCCGCAUUCCUUUUGACAUUGAAAAUGGUGGGAGCACAACCACGGUGGACUAUCCGGACGCCCCAAGAGCUAUAAAGCCACGGCGUGGCAGGCCCAGUGUUAGGAGACCAGGAGCAUGGGAGGGAACAGGACCUUUAGGCCGAGCCGCUGAACGAGCACUUCUACGUCGAGAACAGGACUCCCGCAAAGCAAUUCACCAGUUGAAACAUUUGCAAACCAGACAUAUGCAGGAUUACAUGGACAGAGUGACGCUCUCACAAGCCGUUAACAGCAUCUGCGGCCCAGAGUCCUCCUCUAACUACAUGAACAUUGACAACGACCUCAUGUAUAUGGACCAGACCGUAUCAUCCAACGUCCUUGAUCCCACCAUGUCAUACAACAAAGAACACUCCGUAGGAAAUGAAACGAUCACAAGUUAUUCUAACAAUAACCCCAUUAGUUCAGCUGAAUCUUCCACGACUGGAAUUAGUACGGCCAUGUCACAAUAUGUGAACGCUUUGAAAAGCGCUGGCUUGCCUACCGAUCUACCGAUUCUUUUUGAAUCCGGUGAUGGAUCCUACAUAAACGUGAAUGAACAAGUGCUACUUGACAUGGUACAAAGCAGUGAAAUACAAUACGAAGUUAUAGAACAGCCUAAUAUUAUUGAAAAAGUAGCGGAUCCCAGUGAAAUUAAGAGCAUAGAUGAUUUAUCAAAAUCUAUAGAAAGAGGAGAAAUGCUACUUGGUAAUAAAGGUUACGGCUCAAACUCUGAUUAUGAUAAGGAUUCUUCACAGUAUAAUCGCAACGAGGAUACCAUUAAUAGUCUCAAUGCAAUACUACCCGAUAACUUGGAAUCCUUUGAAGAACAACAAAACUACGUGGUCCUAGACCCUCGUCUACAAGAAAAUAAUAAUUCUAUAGACCAUGUGAGUGCACAUGAUUUCUCAUGCAUAGAUGGAGAUAUGCAAUUUUUCACAAAAUCUAUGAGCGAUGAUGUAAAGAAUUAUUACGAAGACCAACAGCUGCACGACGCAAGAGUCAUUGAACAACUAUGUCCAGCCAGUACAUCAUUAGAUACAAACUUCAGUAUUUCAUUACUGGAUACCAAAACCUCACAUUUGAGUUCAAACUUAGGUCAACAGUAUAAUCCUCUUAACCCAGAAGAUCUGAGAAGGAACGAAGACUGUUAUGAUUUCGGGCUACAACUUUCACAAAGUGCUGAUUUUAAAGAAGAUGCGCUAGAUUGUCUUAUGUCAACACCGAAGCGUAAUGACGAUGACCAAAAUAAUUACGAAGAUAGCGCGCAACUCGAUCAACGAGCUCAGGAGAGAGAUGAAAUCAUAAAAGAUUUAAUUAACAUCGAAAGUAAAAUGAACAUGGCACAAAAUCAUAAUUCUUCUAAAGAUGAUCAAGAUAAUAUAAAUUCCAAUCCUGAUUCUAACGUUCAGGAUUUCAGCGUAAAUGCUCUGAAUGUGUCUAAUGUAUUUGACAACGACUCUGACAACAUGAAAGAUUUGAAUACAUCAAAGAACAAUAAUGAAGAUAUGUCGGCAACAAUAACUUCGAGCGGCUUACAAUGGGACAAUUUAGACAUAAGUAAGAAAACGCAUGAAAGUAACGAGGAUACUGUAAGUAAUGAGCAUAGAACGAGUAAUGAAAGCCAAAUUGAUCCAUUGGUACCAGAAUCUCGGUAUCAAGAACCUGUGAUAGAUUUGACCGACCCAGUAAAUGUCGAAAGUAGUCAGUGGACAGAUAUUAUUAAUGAAAACGAUGAUCUUAAUAAGGAAAAUGAACAACCUAAUACACAAGAUAACAAAAUAAAUCCCACGUUGGAAAAUAAUAUACCAUAUGCAGUGGGACUACUUCCUCUAAAACAGUUGCAACCAACGGAAGAGGGGAGUUUAUUGAAAAGGAAGAACUCUAUUGACGGUGAUUUACUAGAUAAUGUAGAUGCUAAAUGUUUAAAACGUAAGGUGAAAUAUAAGAAAUUGUGA